UACACUAGCAGCGCUUUUGCGCGACAUUUUUUUGAAAAGGCGGAAUAAAUUGCAUUACGGUUGCUUUUGUUGAUCGACCCGAAAAUCGAAAUUCAAGCCACGCCCUCGUCUUUCCGCGGACACCCUCACGCGCCAUAACAAAAACAAGACACCAAAGACACCACCCACGAGACCCCUAUCAUAAUCACAUCCUCUUGCGACUACCGUCGCAAUGUCCGCCCACUACUCAACAGAACCAAACCCAACCGCCUCCGCCACCCUCCACACAACCUUUGGCCCCCUCCAAAUCUCCCUCUUCGCCUCCCAAACCCCCUACACAAGCCGCAACUUCCUCCAACACUGCACCGACAACUACUACGCCGGCACAAUCUUCCACCGCAUCGACCCGGACUUCGUCAUCCAAGGCGGUGACCCCACAGGCACCGGCUCCGGCGGCACCUCCAUCUACGAAUACCCCGAGUUCGAAACGGACCCUGACGCGCGGGACCCGAACGAGAAAAUCGUCCUUCGCGAUGAACUUCAUAGCAGAUUGCGGUAUAAUCGGCGCGGACUGGUGGGGAUGGCGAAGAGCGAGGACGGGACGUAUGGGAGUCAGUUUUUCAUCACGCUGGGGAAUACGGAGAGGGAGUUGAAUGGGCAGUGUACGCUUUUUGGGAGGGUGGAGGGGGAGAGUAUUUUCAAUGUGUUGAAGAUUGCGGAGGCGGAGAGGGUGGAGGGCACUGAGAGGCCGGUUUAUCCAGUUAAGGUUAUUGGUUGUGAGGUUGGGGAGUUGGGGCCGUUGGAGGGGAAGGUGGUUAAGAGGCAGGUUACUGCUGCACCUUCGAAGGACGAGGGGAAGCCUGCGGCGAAGAAGAAGAAGAAGGGUGGCAAGGGGGGUAAGACAUUGUUGAGUUUUGGGGGUGAUGAGGGUGAUGAGGAGCUUCCUGUACGGCCUGCGAAGCCGAAAUUCAAUCCUAAGCUUGUGACGGAUACGAAGCUUCCAGGGGCAGAUGAGACGAACCAGAGACCGGAGACACAGACAAGGAAACGCCCUCGCUCGCCUUCGCCUAAGCGUCCUGCUCCGGAGAAGAAACAGCCAGACCCAGCGACUCAAAUCCCGCUCCCUGACCCAGAAUCACCAGACCGCUCGCCAGCACCGGAGCCUCCGACAAAGGCGUCGAAGCUCGACCGUACGAAGGCGGAGAUUGAGAAUCUCAAAUCAUCUAUGCGCCGGACAGCCACCACAGGACCGGUCGAAGGCCCAAAGAAAUCCGCCCUGGAAGCCAUGAUCCCUGAGACAUCCAUCCGAGGCCGCAAGAGGCCACCACCCGGCGCUGUUGGGAGCGGCACGAACGGUGUAGCGGGAUUCAGCAGCACAGCCGAAGACGAAACCCUGAAAAUCUUCAACGCCUUCAAGGCCAAGCUCGAAAACGCAGACUCUACCACCAAACCACACAAGCGCGACACCACCACCAAGACCAAAGACACAACAACAACACGCAAGACAGAAGAAAAAGAGGAAGAACCCGAAGACGACGAAGCUCAACUCUGUGACCUCCACUUCAUCGCAAACUGCCAAUCCUGCCAAUCCUGGGACGACCCCUCAGUUACCAGAAACAACGAGAACGACCCCGAAGCCGACAAAGGCGAGGAGGGCUGGCUAUCGCACCAACUUCGCUUUGGAAAGGAUAACCUGGGCAAAGAUGCGAAGUGGAAGCGCGAACAUCCUGACGACGUGGACUCGCUUAUGGUUAUUGACCCGAGAGAGCGGGAGAAGGAGAUUGUUGGAGGGAAGAGCGGAGGGAAGAAGGGGUUGGCGAGGGAUCGGGAGAGGGAGAGGAAGAAGGAGAAAGCUGGGGAUUUGGAAUGGGGGCGUGGGAGGUAGUAUCAUUCAGAGGGAGUACUUAUAGACAAUCCUAUCUUGUAGCAAUAGAGGCUAAUACAGAACGUGUCUAAUGGAUCCCCAACUCAAAUAGACCGCACAAUAUCAACCAGAGUCUGC